CGGCGGAGGCUCUAAUCAUCAACCAUCGACCAUCAAAGAGUAGGCCGAAAAACUCCGGCUUCGUUGGCGAUCUUGCUCCGAGGCUCACGACUUCGACCUUGUAUCGUUCUUCCAGUACCAAGAAGAUGGCCUCGUCAAACAACACAACAGGCUUGAUCGGAUAUGGCUAUCGAGGCGAGUUGAGCAGACGCACACGACGAGGACAAGGACACCGAGUCAGAUGCUCACACCCGGGUUGCGGCAGAUAUGGACACACCUCCGAUCGAUGCUGGAUCGCGCAUCCUGAGCUUCGACCUGAAAAUGUUCGCCACGCUGGUGAAAAAGCCGGUCGAGGUCAUGUUCUUGGAGAUCAGACUGCGAAGGACGUUUCACCUACUCCGUUUCGAUUUCUCGCCCUCCCAUCAGAGAUACAGAAUCGAAUCUUCGAAGAGGUUUACAAACAAGGACACGUGCUUACAAUCAAGAAACUCAUGCCACCCUUUGGACCUACAACGCUUUACCAUCAUAUGAACUUGCCAAAGCUCCACCUUGCGUCUAAGAAGGUGUACGAGGAUUCACGCUUCGCAUGGGAGACAGCUUCCAAUGGUCAUCAUCUCCGCGUCGACUUCUGGCUCAUUCAUGACAUUUACCCAACCCCAAACAACGACCAUCUGCGUUCCAAGAUCACCAAAAUGACCUUCUUCGGUUACAGUCCUCGCGACAUGCACUGUACCAAUUUCGAAAGAAUUGAAUGGGACAACAUCGAGACAGCCUUUCCAAACCUCGAGGAGAUCCAUGUGGAAUGAACUUGCACUCGAUUCAAGUAUGAGAGAUGGUCCAACAAAGUGUGCACUCAAGAGUGGAUGGAGAAGGAGCAAUUUGGCGACACAGCCUUCUUGCCCGCCCCAGGCGCCAUUUAUGAACAGAUGGACUUCUCAGACCAGUGCCACGCUUGAAGUUGUGGUACCUGUUCAACCGCGUGAAUGCGGGUGACCGGCAGUGCAAAGUCUUUGUCACCUCUACACUGCAGUGGCUGGAUCACAAGCGCAAGCCUGUCUUUUUCCAGGUGAGUUCUAUCGGCGUGCGGUUUUC